AUGGGAAUCUGCAAUUCUUCUUCUGCAUGGAAGCAAGAGAGUGAUGAAAACAUAGUAUAUGUGGUCGGAGAGGAAGGUUUUGACUGUAAUAAUGGUGGUGGGAUAAGGAGGCUGACUUCUCUCUACUCAAGACAAGGAAGGAAAGGCCCAAACCAGGAUUCUGCUAUUCUCUGUCAGGGCUAUGGAGCUGAGGAUGGAGUCUUCUGUGGAGUCUUUGAUGGUCAUGGCAAAAAUGGCCACACAGUGAGCAAAAUGGUCAGAGACUAUCUGCCUUCUUUACUACUUAGCCAUCGAAAUGCAGUAACGGCUGCCGCCAUAGACGGCCACAAUCUUGAGAAAUGCUCAGAAGAUGGCGAAAAUUGCCCGAUUAUUCUGUCGGGUUUAUUCGAGGAGUGGAAGGAAGCAAGUAUUAGCGGCUUCAAAGCCAUGGAUAGAGAGCUUAAGCUCCUUACCAACUUGGAUUGUUCUUAUAGUGGCACUACUGCAGUUACAGUCAUCAAACAGGGGGAAGAUGUAAUUAUUGCAAAUCUUGGGGAUUCGAGAGCAGUUUUGGGGACUGUAUCUACAGAGGGUCGCUUAGAGGCAGUUCAGCUUACAAUUGACCUCAAGCCUAGUGUGCCUCAGGAAGCGGAGAGAAUAAGAAGCAGCAAUGGUCGCGUCUUGGCUAUGGAGGAUGAGCCGAGCAUACAACGCAUAUGGAUGCCUAACAACAACAGCGCAGGCCUGUCAAUGGCUCGUGCUUUCGGCGACUUCCAGCUCAAGAACUACGGCCUCAUAGCCAUUCCGGAGAUCUCCCACCACCGUCUCACCCGCCAAGAUCUCUUCAUCGUUCUCGCCACCGAUGGGGUGUGGGAUGUGCUGAGCAAUGAGCAAGUUGUGUCAGUGGUGGCAUCUGCUGAGAAGAUGAGCAGUGGGGAGGCAGCAAAGCUAGUGGUGGAAGCAGCAGCCAAGGCUUGGAGGCGCAAAUUUCCUUCAUCAAAGGUCGAUGAUUGUUCUGCUGUCUGCUUCUUCUUGCAAGAGAGAAGCUGA